GUCACAUCAAGCAAUUUUGAUUUGCACGAAAGUGCAUUAAUAAAAUGUUUCGGGAUUAAGAUGUAUUCAUAGCAGCUAUCUCAAAACUUCAAUUCUAGAAGGAUUUCAAUGUAUGAAUGUGGUAUGAUUGAACCUUUAUGAUGAAGCAGAAAUAUUUGUGCUGUGUGUGUUUUUUCUUCAUUCUCGCUUACACAGAAACAAAUUGUAAAGAACCACCAAAAAUAAUUCCAAUGAAUUUUGCCUCAAAGAUAUAUGUUAGCGGCAAAGCAUCUGUUGGCUGCGUAAGUGGCGGUACAACUCCCAUAAAGUUUUCAUGGUUUAAAAAUCGCAAAAAAAUUAUUUCUGAUUUUUCCAACUUUAAAGUUUCAAGCUUGAAUGAUGCCAGCAUUCUCACCAUAGAGCCAGUCAGCUUGGAUGAUGUUGGAAAUUACUCUUGCAUUGCUAAAAACGCAUUUGGAAAUGACACUGCAUCAGCAACUCUUGUUGUUGAAGCACCCCUGCGUUGGUUAAAAGAACCAUUCGAUGUUGAAGUUACUGAAGGCUCCGAAGUUCACGUAAUUUGUGUUGCCAGUGGAUCUCCUCAACCUCACUACACAUGGACAAAGAUUGUAG